AUGAGUGCCAGAGAGAGGAAGAGAAAAAGAGGGAAAGGAAAGGCAAUAGCCCAGUCUCCUACUUCUCUUAUUCUCUGUCUCUUUUUCUGUGCUCAGAUCAUUGAUCUGAUGAUGUUGGUGGUUGACGUUGUGAAAGGUAUGCAGACACAAACAGCAGAGUGCCUUUUGAUUGGUCAGCUCACCUGCUCCCAUAUGAUCGUCAUCCUCAACAAAACAGACCUGUUGCCUAAUGACAAGAGACAGGCGGCUAUUGACAAAAUGACCAAGAGGAUGCACAAAACUCUUGAGAACACAAGAUUUAAAGGCUGCCCUAUUAUUGCUGUGGCAGCAAAGCCAGGUGGUCCUGAGGCCCCAGAAACAGACGAGCCACAAGGAAUAACUGAACUCAUAGAUUUAUUGAAGGCCCAAGCCUUCUUUCCUCGUAGAGAUCCAUCAGGUUCUCUUCUGAUGGCUGUAGAUCACUGCUUCUCCAUCCGUGGCCAAGGAACAGUCAUUACCGGCACCAUCCUACAAGGGUCACUCAGUGUCAGUGAUAAUGUAGAGAUACCAGCAUUAAAGGUGACUCGCAAGGUCAAAUCUGUGCAGAUAUUUCGUAAGCCAGUUCCUAGUGCUAUGCAAGGGGAUCGGGUCGGCGUGUGUGUGACACAGUUUGAUCCAAAACUGUUAGAACGGGGUGUAGUAUGCACACCAGGCUCAUUGCUGACUCUUUAUGCUGCUGUUAUAUCCGUCCAAAAGAUUGAAUACUAUCGCGGAGCACUUACCAGCCAUGCAAAGUUUCACAUCACUGUUGGACAUGAAACUGUUAUGGCACGUAUUUCAUUUUUCAAUCGAGUGCUUCUUGCCAGUGAAGAUGGAGACUGUAACCCCACCUCUCCAGAGCAAAAUGCAAAAUCUUUCUCAUUUGAUUGGGAGUUUCACCACUUAGAUGAGUAUUUGACAUGUCAGGCAGAAGAUGGGAGAGGGGAACCACAGCAAAGGGCUUUACUUGAGUUUGAACGACCGGUCACAUGUCCACCACUUUGCUUAGUGAUUGGGUCACGACUGGACUCUGAUAUCCAUGGUAACGCAUGCAGGCUUGCCUUUCAUGGAAAGCUUCUGGAAGGCUUUGAGGACAAAAACUACAUAGAGACAGCACUGCCUCGGCUCAAAAUCAGCAAAGACAAGCAGAAAGAAGGAGCAGUGGAACGGGUGAUAGAUGACUACACUGUGAUUGGUCGAAACCUGUUUAAGAAGGAGACAAACCUUCAGCUGUUUGUGGGUUUAAAAGUUACGCUGUCAACAGGAGAAACGGGAUCAAUUGAAGGUGGCUUCGGCCAAAGUGGCAAAAUCAAAAUCAGAAUACCAGAGGGGCUGAAAGAAGAAACCAAGCAGCUUCUAUCCUCUUCCUCUAAGAAGAAGGGGAAGGGUGGGGCCAAAAAUGAAUCCUCCAAAUCGGAGGAAACUAAGCCCGACGCUCAAUGCAGAUGA